AUGGACAAAGAAGCUAUUGAACCGACAUCAAACAGCAGUCAGGGGAGCCGUAGCUCUCACGGGUCACAGCAAGGCGCACAUAACCCGUACAAGAAAGACUUGUACCCGUACUCGCGUCCAGUUGGACAUGAUCGAAACACUCGAGCACCGAAAGUCCCCGUGAAGAAAGAUUCACGUGGGUCGGAAGCGACAUAUCAGAAGGCAGUCGAAGCAGUGUCAGCUCAGGAGAGCUCCAGUGAUGAUCUGAAACGAUCUCCCGCGCCUACGGCGGGAAGUAGUGAGGUGAACCAGCAGGUCACCAAAGAAGGAACGAGCUCGGAACGAGCUACAGAGAUGGAUCCGACGUCGCAAAAGGAUGUAACCGCCCAGGAUAAGAAGGAAAACCUGGAUAAAACCGAUCUCAGCGAACAGCUAAAGAUCACAUCCGACGAUCUCAACGAGCUCAAUCUCGAUGACCUCACACUUGGAGACGAAACAACAACCGAGGAUAUCUUCGAGAGUCCAAUGGCAUCUGAUGAGAUGAUGUCUAAUCGCGGAAAUGAAGAAUCGUACUUCACUGAGGAUGAGAUGACAUUGAAUAUGUCAUUCAAAACCGCGAUGAAGGAAGCUGAUCGAGCUCAGGGAUUGACACCUUUUGAGGACAUCCCCGAGAGUCUGAUCGAAAGGAAUCAGACAGGGAAGAUCGUCAACGUACGAUCUCCAUCUCCCAACAGCCCCACUUCAAGCCUGAAACGACGAGUCAGAGAACUUGAGAUUUCGUUGGAAGAAAAAGAAGCUCAGGUUAUCAAGAAGAAACAGGAAUAUCAAAAUAAAUUGGGAUCAUUACAAACGCGCAUAUACGAGCUGGAACAACAGCAAGGCAUAUUGGAAAGUACGGCAGAUGAGUGGAAAGUUCGAUAUGAACGUCAAAAACAGAUCGCUGAAGAAUCAGCAAAGAUCGCGGAUGACAGAGAGAUGGAAGGCUAUAUGGCAGUAAGCGAUCUCAACGAGAGUCUGUCAGAGGAAUCCGCUGAACGAUCACGUCACAUAGCCGAACUCACAGAUCGGUGUGAUGAAUUGCGCAAAAAGACAGAUGAAGCUGAGGAAAAACGAAGUGAAUAUGCGACCAAACUGGCUGAAGCGACCAAACGGUUAUCGACGGUGAAUAAGGACAUGUUCAAACUCAGGAACGAUUUGAAGGUAAGAGACAAGAGCAUUGAAACGCUUCAAAAGGAAUCGGAAGAUCAUCAGAAACGAGCGGAUGAUGCUCUCAAAGUGGCACAAGACCUGAGAGAGCUCCUAGCUACUGAAGGAGAACGACUUAAAAACGAGAUCAGGCAGGUCACUGAGGAGAACGCGCAGCUCAAAGAAGCUGGUCAGAAGGCGGCCGAAUGGGGCCAAAGAUGGGAAGAUGAAGCACGACGACUAGACACGAAGGCGACAAAAGUCGAAGUAGAGAGAAAAGAACAUCAGAAAAAGAUCCGUGAGCUGACAGAUGAGAACAUAAAGCUCAACACGGAGCUGGUCGAUAUGACGCAGACGGUGAUGACUCACCAAGAUGAAGUCACCCAAUCGAGAACUCAACUGAAAUCGGCAGCUGAUGCGUAUGCUCAACUGGAACAGCAAAUGAAUCAGCUAAUUGACCAGAUUAAAGCGAGAGAGACGGACGAAAAGGAGUUAAACGCGGAGACGAUUCAGCGGCAGAAUUACGCCCAUAUGCUCAAGCAGGAGCGAGAUCAGCUGCAAACGGAAAACGAGCAGCUUAACAUCAGAAUUAAACGUCUCGAAGAUGAGAACAAGGGCCUAAAAAUGUCGUUUCCGCGGGCGAGGUCGCGGCAAUGGACGCGGCGGAUACGGCAACCGGAACGGCGGCGGCAACGGACGCGCCGAUAAUAACGACGGUGGCGGCGCGAACGGCGCUGA